CUAGGGCUUUGCUCAUUCUGGAUGAACGUGCGCCAGAAGUUUCUUGAAUUCUGCAGAAUUCAUUACAGUUCUCAAUCAUUACCCCAGCAAUGGAACUAAACGUUUGCUUGAAAGAGUCCAUGAUUCUGAAACCAUGUCAACAGUCCAAAAGGCAAACUAUCCAACUUUCUGGCCUGGACAGGAUUUCUCCUGCAAUUCUUUACACUCUUUUCUUCUAUAACGCUCCUUUGACCGAUCAGACGUCUUCUGAGGAAGAUGAUCACGUCGAGAGGGCAAAGAAGGCUCUGGAGAAGGUUUUGGUUUCAUGGUUCCCAGCUGCAGGAAGGUUCAGAAUCAACGAAGACACUGGAAAGCUGGAGAUUGAUUGCAACGACGAAGGUGUAACCUUGAUAACUGCAGCGACAGACUUCAAGCUUGAAAAACUUGGGAAACUGCAUGAAUACAAAGCAUGCUACGAGAAGCUGGUUCCUAAACUUCCAGCAGAAGGAGAUAUAUCAGAAAACCCACUUGUGGUUGUGCAGAUGACAAGGUUUUCUUGUGGAGGAUAUUGUGUCGGUGUUGGAGGUAGCCAUGCUUUGUUUGAUGGCUUUGGAGCAUUCAACUUCUUGUCAUCCUGGGCUCACAUUUCAAGUGGAAAAGAUGAAUCAGAGCUUGUUGUACCUAAUCAUUCAAGAGACGUCCUUCUGGCUACUUCAUUUUCUCCUAAUUCAGGUGCAGACAUUGCUUCCAUCUUCAAACAAGGCCAUAUAGCUGCUAUUCAGGACCUGUAUGGAAUACCCAUGCAGGCCUUAGCAUCUAAUGACAGAUGUUGGGAAACUACAUUGUCUAAGUUUGGCCAACUUGAUGACCCUCAAGGUGGAAUUCAGCUUAUAACUGUGUGCAAGAAGAAGGAAGCAGUAGAGAAAUGGAAAGAAAUAGCAAUUGAAAACGGCAAGCUUUCAAAGUGUUCUACCUUUGAUGUCCUCUGUGCCCAUGUGUGGAAGGCAAGAGUGAAGACUCUUGUUCUACCUCCAAACACAAAUAUUUGUUUGCAAUUCCCUGUGGAUUCCCGAAACAGAUUCCAACCACCACUGGGCAAGAAUUUCACUGGCAAUGCUUUUGUUCUGGCUUCGGUUUCCUGCAUGGUGAAGGAUCUAUUAGAAGAACCUCUUCACAGCACAGUCAAGAGAAUUCAAGUGGCAAAAGAUGAAAUCACAGGUGAGUACUCAAAGUUGUAUGUGAAGGCUCUUGAGUCAUCAGAGAAAUUCUUUCCCUCAAUGAGAGAACUGACAAUCGUAACAGACUGGCUCAAGUUUCCCUUCCAAGCACUUGAUUUUGGUUGGGGAAAGGUUGCUGGUGCAUCUCUUCUAGCAACUCCAGUUCCAGAAACUGCUUUCCUAAUGCCAAACCUUGAAGAGUCAGACAGUCUCCUACUGAGAAUGGGGCUUGGAGUGCAAUAUAUACCCAGUUUCAUUGGCAACUUCAACAACUGCAACUACUGAGAGAUAGGAAAUGUCACCUCCAUGUAUGAGUAGUAUAUGUGUAGUGCUUUUUUGCUGUCAUAAGACUUCUUUGUAGCUACUUUGUUGUAAGGGUAAAAUCAACCAACCUGGUUAAUGGACUAUGUAUAAUUGCCCAAGAUCUAGGGUUAUUAUAAUAGUAAGUGAGGAACUAGUUCUAGUACUG